AAAAAAAAAAAAAUCGAUCCUCCUUUUCUCUUCGAGCUCUCUUCACUGUUAACUUCCAAAUUUGAAUGGAAACCCUAACCAGAGACCAAUAUGUUUACAUGGCAAAACUCGCCGAGCAAGCCGAGCGCUAUGACGAGAUGGUCAACUUCAUGGAAAGUCUCGUGACUUCCUCUGCUCCAGUAACCGAACUCUCCGUUGAGGAGCGCAACCUCCUCUCCGUGGCUUACAAGAACGUGAUCGGUUCUCGUCGUGCCGCGUGGCGGAUCAUCUCAUCGAUUGAGCUGAAAGAGGAGAGCCGCAAGAACGAUGACCACGUGGCGAUGGUUAAAGAGUAUAAGUCGAAGUUGGAGAAUGAGUUAUCCGGUGUGUGUGGGACCAUACUGAAGUUGCUGGACUCGCACCUGGUGCCGUCGGCUACUUUGAGUGAAUCGAAAGUGUUUUUUUUGAAGAUGAAGGGAGACUAUAAUCGGUACUUGGCUGAGUUUAAGGUUAAUGACGAGAAGAAAGCCGCAGCUGAGGAAACAAUGUUAGCUUAUAAGGCAGCUCAGGAAAUCGCACUGGCUGAGCUAUCACCCACACAUCCGAUAAGGUUGGGGCUGGCACUCAAUUUCUCUGUGUUUUACUAUGAAAUUCUGAAUUCAUCGGAGAAAGCUUGUAGCCUUGCAAAACAGGCCUUUGAGGAAGCCAUUGCUGAGCUGGACACUUUGGGUGAAGAGUCCUACAAGGAUAGCACUCUCAUCAUGCAAUUGCUGAGAGACAACCUCACUCUUUGGACUUCAGACAUGCAGGAGCAGAUGGAUGAGGCUUAAGGUUGAUGGAAUUUUUUGCUCCUAUGGGGAGGUGGGCUUGAAUGUCAUGGUAUGUAAAGCAAAAUAUGACUUUUAUUUGACUAAGUAUGACUUGAGAACUUGUGUUUGUUAUCCUUGUGGAUUUCAUUGUAUUAUAUCUAAUGUCUGAUGCAAGUAGUUGGGUAUAUGACAUGUAUUGAGUAAGGGGAAUGCUUUGUAUUUGACAAUAUGAACUGUUUGGCUAUGAGU